AUGAAUUUGUUGAUUACACCGAUUAGUGGCAAAGAGGGCACCGGUGGGCAAGUGGUGGCUGUAAUCGUGGGCGGGUUUCGCGACGCCCACUACUCACUGCCCAAUACCAUGAUAUUGAGUCUCAAGAACAGGAAAGGGCUCAUGAAAAUUGCGUUAACACACGGCACAUCGUUGGUACCGGUGCUGUCGUUUGGCGAAAAUGAUUUAUACGAACAGAAAGUAUUCGCACCGGACUCGUGGUUCCGUAAAUGUCAGGAGUAUGUGCUAGCUAAGUUGCAUGUUGCCAUACCCAUACCCAGUACCAUCAUUCCCCGUCGUAGACCAGUCACCACAGUCGUUAUAUAUUCAUAUUUUGUCGGGUAUUUAGUGGGUAAGCCUAUAGACGUGCCAAAAGUGGACAACCCGUCCGAUGAUGAGAUCAAUCGACUCCACAAACAGUAUAUUAAGAGUUUAGAGAAACUAUUCAACGAUAAUAAGUGUAAAUAUGGGUUCAAUGAUGUAGAGCUCGUUAUUGAUUAA